AACUUUGCGCGCCGGUCUCUGCGCACAGGACCUCACACCUCACCACCCGCUGUGCUAGGUCAUCUCUAAGCUCCAAGUGAUCGCCAUCACUCGCAAAUUCUGCUAUCGACAUCGUCUACCGCUCGAAAAAAAAAGCCGAGAAGGGUGACCAUUCCAAUAAUCGCUCUUCAUCCUACAAAGCUAUUCGUCGCCUGGUACCUCAACACCAUUUUUCUCCCUCUCUUUUUCGGUCUCUGUCUCCUCUGCGUGCCUCCAGCACCCAUCCAAACGCUCAUACAUUGUAGUUGAGUCGCGGUGCACAUCUCGUUCAAUUCUUCUUCGCUUCGACUUGUUGUAUUAUCGUAAAAGGGACCGGACCGCUUUUCUCUCUCUCUCAUCAGCACCAUGUCGGCUUCAGGACCAGCACCGGGACAGACAGAGGCGCAAUGGCGCCAAGAAAUCCAGCAAAGAGUCGUCCGCGACGAGCGUCCACAGACGGACGACGUUCUCAAGACAAAGGGCAAUGAUUUCGAAGACUACUUUCUUAAGCGCGAGCUCCUCAUGGGCAUCUUCGAGGCCGGUUUUGAGCGACCCAGUCCGAUCCAGGAAGAGGCAAUUCCCAUCGCGCUUACCGGCCGUGAUAUCUUGGCGCGCGCAAAGAACGGGACGGGCAAGACGGCGGCCUAUGUGAUCCCAUCAUUGGAGAGGCUCAGCACGAAGAAAACGCACAUCCAGGCUGUCCUUCUUGUCCCGACGCGAGAGUUGGCGCUGCAGACGAGUCAGGUGUGCAAGACAUUGGGCAAGCACACUGGCGUUGAGGUCAUGGUCACGACGGGAGGCACCACGCUGAGGGACGACAUCCUGCGCUUGAGCCAGACUGUCCACGUUCUCGUCGGUACGCCUGGUCGCAUCCUGGAUUUGGCCGGGAAAAACAUCGCAGAUUUGAGCCAGUGCACCACCUUCGUCAUGGAUGAAGCCGACAAGCUUCUCUCGCCGGAGUUCACGCCUGUCAUUGAGCAGCUGCUCUCCUUCCUGCCCAAAGAGCGCCAGGUGAUGCUUUUCAGUGCCACGUUCCCCCUCAUUGUCAAGGACUUCAAGGACCGACACAUGGUCAAGCCGUACGAAAUCAACCUCAUGGACGAGCUGACGCUCCGCGGUGUGACUCAAUACUACGCCUUUGUCGAAGAGAGACAAAAGGUCCACUGCCUCAACACCCUCUUCAGCCGGCUUCAAAUCAACCAAUCCAUCAUCUUCUGCAACUCGACGAAUCGCGUCGAGCUGCUGGCCAAGAAGAUCACCGAGCUGGGCUACAGCUGCUUCUACUCACAUGCAAAGAUGCUCCAGGCCCAUCGUAAUCGAGUCUUUCACGACUUCCGCAACGGCGCCUGCCGCAACCUCGUCUGCUCCGACCUCCUCACCCGCGGUAUCGACAUCCAAGCCGUCAACGUCGUCAUCAACUUUGACUUUCCCAAGAAUGCAGAAACGUACCUGCACAGGAUCGGUCGUAGCGGUCGGUUCGGCCACCUGGGUUUGGCUAUCAACCUCAUUACCUACGAGGACCGGUUCAACCUGUACCGCAUCGAGCAAGAGCUGGGCACAGAAAUCCAGCCUAUCCCGAGCACGAUCGACAAGCGCCUCUACGUGGCCCCCAGUCUCAUCACCGAAGACGAGGUCAACAAGCAGAACAACAGCGGCAAGGCCAGCGCAAACGGCGGCAGCAACAAUGGCAAUGGCAAUGGCGCACAGCAGCAGCAACAGCGACAACACCAAUCUGGCGCUCCCGUUAUUCCUCCGACGCAGGCAAAGUUCACCCAGACGACAAUUCCUCAAAGCCAAGAUUUCACGCAAAGCAUCGCUGGCAGGAAUCGAGGGCCCAGGCAACCACAACAAGCUCGUCAAGCCUGAUGACAGGCUCCUUCUCCUCCAGCAUCGUGAAAGCCGUCGGCGACUUACGAUCCGUUAUCAACGCUCACCCCUCAAAGGCAUACAACCCCGGUCAACAGCUCCAUUCUCUCGCAG